UUCAACGUAACCCCACUCCGUAACAAACUCCUUUGAGCAUCGGGGCCCAAAAGUUAUUCAUAGGCAUUGAUAGGCAUCGAUAAAUGUGUCAAAAGUCAAAAGACUUGUACUUAAAGUUUGUUAAAUACAAUUAAACAGUCUUGAGCUAGAGAAAAAUAGUAAUGUUUUUCAAUAUUUAUGAAUUUAUUAUAUUCUUCGUUUACAUAGACAUUUGUCCAUAUGGAUGAAUAAUUCUUACAUCGGGACGGUUUACGUUGGUUUACGUUUUCCCGCGUAUCGUUUCGUGUUGCCCCUGCUUUCAAUCAUCAAAUUUUUGAAACUAAAAAUUGUCAAACACUUUUGAUUCAUUAAAUAAAUUCCUUUUUCUGAUAUGCUCGGAAUAUAAAGGAACGGUUCCUUCGCGUGGAUUUUGUGAUGUCUCAACACGGAGCUGCAUUGCAAACAUAUAAUCAGGAACUUGUAAAAUGUUUGGAGGAGAUGAAACUCAGGCGAACUGAAUUACAAGAACAGAUUGAUUCGCAGGAAGAGGAGAAAAAUAAUCUACAGCGAGAGAUUGAAAAAAUGUCCUGCAAAUUGACUCGUCUUAAUGACAGUCUAGCAAAGAGGAUAGCUGUACGGAAUGAGUAUGACAGAACAAUUGCAGAUACAGAAACUGCAUAUAUGAAGAUCUUGGAAAGUUCACAGCUACUUCUCAACAUGAUUAAAAGGGAGGCUACGAGCUUAGAUCAAACUUUAGUAAAGACCAACAUGGACAAGCAACAGUUUCGACAAUGAGGGCAAGUCCUUAGUUUUGAAAAUAUAUUUAUUAAAAUAUUGAUCUUUUCCAUAGUAGGCACAUUGCCACUGACUAUGGUUUAACAAGUACAAAAUUGUAAAUAUAUAGGUUUAUAAAGUAUCAUUAACAGUGUAGAAUAUGUUUGUACAUUGAUGAACUUUUAUACAGUAUUUUCGCAUACUUUCAUCAUCACAAUGCCUACGAAGGCGUACAUGUAUUUAUGUCGCAUAAUGUUAUAUUGUGUUCGUAAGUAAAGAAGUGUAGAUGCCUUUUGUAAUAAAAGUUCAAAGAACUAAUAUGCUCUAAUAAUAA